AUGGAUUUAUGUCCCGUAUCCGUCCCGGAAAUGUGGUGGUAGUUCAAAUUACCUAUAGCUUUCGUUUUAUAUUUUAGAUAUGGUUUAAAGUGGCAAAAAUAAGUAUUAUUGUCUAAAUGUCUACAUAAAGGUCGCAUUAAACAAGGAAACCACUGAGGGUUCGGACGUAUUCAAUCUGAUUUAACAUAAGUUAACGGAAAAUUGGCUGGUUCCAUUGGAUAUAUAUAAAAUCAAAAUAGGACACUGUUUGGAAUGCUAUAAUUAGUGAAGCGACUGACAAUUGUCACAAGUAACGUUCUUAUCUUUUGUUCAGGAGGUAUUGAACCUCAUUUAUGUUAGAUAAUUAAUAUUGGAGAACACAAAGGUUUGUAUUUAUUAUCGGGGGCUUUGUUAACGAUCGUGUCUGCGGGUGUUUAUCUGAUCAAUAACGCAUUUUGAAAAGAUCGAUCAGUCUUCAAUUAAACCCGAGAUGUAUUUGUGAGGACGACUUGGCUAACACUGCGCUUAUUUGAUAUCCGGUUGCGAUGAUCAUAAGUUACUGAACGAAAAGAAAAUAUUUUGUUUUAGGAGAGUCGUUCACUGUUGGGCACUCAGUAAAGGCACAGACCCAAGGAAUAUGGAUCAUGUGCAGGCCUCAUCCGACUCAAGAAGGAAAGAUCAUUGUUUUUCUCGAUACGGAAGGAAUCGAUGAUCCAGAAAAGGUUGAAAUUCAAGAAGACACUUGGAUAUUCCUUAUUGCAACGUUGCUGUGCAAUGUCCUCGUCUACAAUACAAAAGGCGUCUUUGAUGCAUCACACAUCAGCAAGUUCAAAUUUCUUAAAGUGGUUCAAAAUAACGUGACGGUUGCAAAAGGUGCAAGUGAGGACGACAGUUUUCUUGAUUUCUUCUUUCCAAAUUUCGUUCUCGUUUUACGAGACUUUACACUGAUUUCGGAAACAUCUUCUGAGGAAAUACUUGAAAAUCGAUUAGUGUACAAGACGGGGAAAUCGGAGAGUAUAAAAGAUUACAACGAACCUAGGCGCCUUAUUCGAAGAUAUUUCAAGAAAAGAACAUGCUUUGAAAUCCCAAUCCCAUGCACAAAGCCCGAACAAUUGGAAUCAAUGCCGGAUUCUAAGAUUGACAAAGACUUUUUGCAACGAAUGAGCGACUUGCACCAAUACCUUUGUGAAUGUAGCCCAAAAAAACUCAUAUCAGGAAAGCCGUUAAACGGAAGAAUGCUGAGAACAAUGAUAAUAAGCUACAUGAAUUCCGUGCAGGAAAACACGGCACCGUGUUUAAACGAUGCUAUGAAACUGAUGGCAGAAGAGGAAAAUCAGUUUGCUGUAAGCAAAGCGUCAGAAUGCUACCAAGAAGAAAUGAAGAAAAGGAUUAACAUACACAUGCCAAAUGAGAAAGGGCUUGAGAGAUAUCACAAUGAUUGCAUGCAUGUUGCUGUCAAGAAAUUAAAAGAAUUAGUUGUGUUAGAUGACGGAGAUAUAUUUCACAGAAGAGCGACAGAAUGUUUCGAAGACAAUUUGCAACAAUUCAAAUCAAUCAUAGAUAGAGACUCCCUUGCCAAAUGCAAAAGGUCUUUAGACAAGCUUGAUAUGAAAAUUCAACUGAAAAUCAGAGAGAACAAGUAUGCUCAUUCGCAUGGUUACAGCGAAUACAUUGAAGACAUCAAUACACUUGUUGAUGAAUUCACAAAACAAGAACGCUAUCUUGGAUCAAAGACAAGAGCUGCCUUGCAGGGAUAUAUGGAUGCAAAGGUCGAAGAAGAGCAACUCGUAUACGAAAUGGUUAAGGACAAAAUUGAUGCUGAAGCUGAACGUCAGUUACAUCGGCUUUCAAGUGGAUCAGUCCCGAUUCCAAAGAAAUUUGCAAAUGUUACAGAAGGGGAACAGCCAGCUGAACAGAAGGCACGAGAAUCUAUUAAAAAGUUAGAAAAUGAUGGGCUUAUGAGUAUUGGAUCACAAUACUUUCAGAACCUGGAACUGAAAUUACAAGAAAUAGAGCAGGCUAAAGCCGAGUUGUCAGAAGACAACACAUACUACAAACAACUUGUAGCAGAGUACGACAUCUGGAAUAAUAUUUACAAACAGGCGCAAUUCGCGAAGAAUCAAAACACAUCGAAGUCGAUCAAAAAGCCAAAAGAUGUGGAAAUACGACCGGAAAGAAGCUGUGAUGAUAAGGAACCAAGACUGAAAAAAUCUUCAGAAAACCCAAAAUGUCCAAUUCUUUAAAAACAAACCAACCUCUCACACACAUGUCAUUAUGACAUUACUAUAUAAAGUGAACCUGUUAUAAGACAUUGUUUAACCCUAAUUGUCUACGGAAUUGAAAACUAUUAUUUAAAUCACAAAAUACUUCAGUGGUUACUAAUAUUAAAAUUUGAUUGUUAUUCUUUAAGUAAGGGACAAAUAAUUUGAUUACGGUUUUAUGAAUUUCGUUUCGUUGGGUUUUUAUUUAUACAAUGUGUAGUUCCUAUCCGCUUCUAUAUUAUUAACAAUUGUGAACAUUAUUUACACUCUAAUUGAACUAUAAUCGGAAGUUUUAACACCCUUAAUAUAUACAACAAAGGUGUGUGUGAUUCCGGUUGUUUUUCAACUUUUAAGCUUUUUGGUAACAGUGUGUGCGAUUUAUUCGAAAAAAGUGUACAUGUGCUUUUGUUUAAAACGGUAUAAUGAUUUGAAAAACAGUAUGUGCAAAACAGUACGUGUUUUUGUAAGUAGUUGUUAUUUGCUUUUUUGUUAAAAGCAUUUUUUUAGCAAAAUGGUGUAUGUGCAAAAUGAUUUGUUCUUAUGACGCACAACGGUAUAUGUGCAAAACGGUAUGUUCUUUUGUCGCAAAAUGCUAUGUUCGGCACAUUGAUAUUGUACAUUUCGCUUUAGCUCAUUUCUUGACAUGUUUUCUAUAGUUUUAUCUUGUUUUCAGAAUAAUUAUAUUCAGAAAUAUAAUAGUAAAUAGAAUAACAUAAUAUCCUUCUUUGUUUUAUUGAUAGCCUGCAUUAAAGGUUAUGUAACUUUGAACAUGACAUAAAUGAAUGCUUGUUUUGAUAUUCGUACGAACUUUUUUCGAAAACAAAUGUAAAAUGUGACAUAACGGAACUUUUCUUACAUGCGUACACUAUGACAUAGCAUUGUUUGGUUUCCAUUAAAUAUACUUCAUUAUAAGUGUACAUAACAUACAAGAAAGGAAUAAAGUGUACUUAAAUAC